AUGGCCAGCCUCCCCUCGCAACACCCCACGCUGUCGCUGCACCUCGCCGACGACGCCCUCACCCCGCUCAUCACGUCCUCGCGGUCCCGCGCGCACCUCGAGUCGUUGACGGCGCUGACCACGUCGGCGCUCACGAGCCAGACGGCCGCGCAGCGCGUCGGCAUGGGCGUCGUCGAGCGCAUCAUGGUCGAGUACCCGGAGCCCGCGGCCGCGGCCGUCGUUCUCCAGUCGUACCUGCACGUGUCGGCCCCAGCCGCGGCUAAGGAGGCAAGCAACGGCAGCAGCAGCAACGACAACAGCAGCAGCAACGACAACAGCAGCAGCAACAGGAACGGCAUCGAAGGAGAGGUCGGGGGCCAGCAGGAGGAUCAAGAGGACGACGAUGCGGUGCUGCCGCCGCCGCCGCCGCCAAGACUGGUCGGGGUGGUUGUGGCGAGGAGUGCUGGGGAUGCGCGCGAGGCGAAGAGGGCGGCCGCGAGGCUGGAAAAGGUCGGGAGGGAGUUUCAGAGUCAAUGGAAUGCGGCGAGCAGUUCUUGA